UUACGUUUGCCCUGUGUUGCAGACACUGACCAUGGAGAAACAGGGAAGCAGAAUCGAGGUUUUGGGAGUCCCGCAUGCAUUAUCAGCUGACAGAAUUAAAGAUAAACUGCUUAUUCAUUUCCUGCGACCCCGCAAUGGAGGAGGGGAGGUGCUCUGGGUGGUUUAUCCGACCAGCAGUCCCGGACAGGCCUUCGUCAUAUUUGAGGAGCCGGAGGUUGCUGCUUGUGUCUUGCAGCAGAGUGCUCACAUGUUGAAGGUGGAUAAAGAGCAGUUCCCUCUGAGAGUUAAUGCGGUGGACACUCCUGAGAUGGAUUUGCCAGUGGAGGCCACUCUGGAUUUGAGAAAUUUCCCUGAUAAGGCGGAGGUGCAGCAACUCCUUCACUCACAUGGAUUUGAGGUGACUAAGCUGAGCAGAGAUCAGGUGCGUGUCAGUGGUUCGUUCAAGCAGCUCAGAGCCGUGAAGGUCCGUUUGGAGGAGCCUCUUCACUCACAAACCCGAGCUCAGGUCACCCAGAACUCCACCUCACCCGCUCCCAGAGGCCGCCAGCUUUCCUCCGGAGCUAUACCCAAAAACUACACCAGUGACAGGCCCUGGGAAAACGGCAACAGUAGCCCCCAGGCAUCUCGAAACAAACCUUUGCACGAGUUUCCAUCUCCCUUUACUAGCUCCUCGUCUAUGGCGUUCACCAAUUCACACGGCCACCCCGACUCUGCUGAGUACGGAGCUUCUCAGUCACAGAGACAAGACCAUCACCCGUCCACAGCUGUGUCCUUUCCCAUUGGUACAGAUGUUAUGGAUUAUGCUCAGCGCGUAAGGAACAAAGACAUUUCUGAAAUCUUACAGAGGAAUAACACUAAACUAGAGGUGUCCCAGGUGGGUAACGAUUUGAGCAACGUCUCUUUAUCUGGGAAAAAUGCAAAAAUCGCCAUGAAGGAACUGCAGAAGUUUUUAAGCAAACUAGAGAAAAGCCUUCGCACACAGAAAAUCAACCUGGAGGACCUCGAUCAUGACACUAAGGUGGAUGUUGCUAAGCGGAUUCAGAAGUACAAAUCUAUUUAUAACUCUGUGUUCAUCAGUCAGCUUGACGAUACAGUUCGUCUCAUCGGGCCGUCUGCCGACAGCUAUGAGUUAAAGCAGAGGCUUCUGGGAAAAUCAGUGGAUCAGCCGCUGGCUAUGCUCAGAGGGAGGACAUUGGACAGAGGCUCCAAGUUGAGGAGUAGCUCUCUGCCCAGACUCAGCGAUAAGCGGAAAGCAGAACGAGCUCACGGUGCCGUCCAUGAACCACUUCCUGCUGGCGCCCACGGUUACUCUCCGUCAAGGUAUGAGGAUCAUAAAGAGGAAGGUGCUGAGGCUGAGCCCACAGCUGGGGCUGGUCAAACCAGACUUUUCAGGAGAAGAAGCCAGUCGACGAACCUCGGAAGAGAAAAGGAAAAGGAAGAAAAGGAAGCCCCUCACAGGCACGAGAAGGAAAACAAACAACUUCCUCCAGGAUCAUCCAAGAUGAUGCAGUCACUCAAACAAAACCAAAUCUUCAAUCAAAUUAGGCAAGGGUUUAAGAGACAUAAAAAGAAAUAAUGCAUAAAGAGGCCAGUGAGAAUAGUGUGUGAAGGUCAGCAAAACCAGAGCUUGACUUGUUGGGUUGCGUUUAAAAUUUUUUCUAAUACUUAUGGAUGAUCUGAUGCCUCAAUAAGUAAUUUGUUUGAAUAGAUAACGACAUGACGUUAAAUUUGUCUAAAACUCAGCACUUUUAAGUAGACGCUGACUGAUUAAGUGUAAAAUUUUGAUUGGUAAGUCAGAUCCAUGAAUGUGAUUCUGUAAUUCUGUUUUACUCACUGCCGUCUGAUUUUUUUUUUUGUUAACACUCAACACAAGAAAUGAAGGACAUGACUAAUCCAACUGAAGAUUAUAUCACAUCCCUGUUGAUUCGCGCCCACUCUUCCCAUAUAUUCCUUCAAGCCUGCACACCUCUUUAAUAACUCACUCUAACACUGCCUAUAAUUUACUUGCAAUAUUGAUGAAAAGGGAAUUUAAGCGUAUUCUAUGUUUUAACUCACUGUGAAUCACUGUGUAAGAGCAACAGUUAAAUGCCUAAAAAAAAUCAUACUUAAUCACACAAACGACAUGCU